UCUCGGGUCGCAACUCGCAAUACAGAGUACAGACAGGGGAGCGAUAUGGACCCGGCCGGCGCGGGGAAGGCGACGGCGGCGGCGGCUGUGUGCGUGACGGGCGCGGGAGGCUUCAUCGCCUCGUGGCUCGUCCGGCGCCUCCUCGCCGGAGGAGACUACGCGGUGCAUGGCACCGUUCGUGAUCCCAGCGACCCCAAGAAUGAUCACCUGAGGACGCUGAACGGCGCCGGCGAGCGGCUGCGGCUGUUCAAGGCCGACGUGCUGGACUACGCGAGCGUGGCGUCCGCCGUGGCCGGCUGUGCCGGCGUCUUCCACGUCGCAAGCCCCUGCCCCGCCGUCAAAUCCACGAACCCCGAGGUGGAGCUGCUUGCCCCGGCGGUGGCCGGCACGCUGAACGUGCUCCGGGCCUGCCGCGUGGCCGGCGUCCGCCGCGUCGUGGUGGUGUCGUCGGUCGGCGCGAUCUUCAUCAACCCCAACCCGCCCGAGGGCCCCACCAUGGACGAACACUGCUGGUCGGAUGAGGAGUACUGCAGGGCCACGGAGAACUGGUACUGCCUCUCCAAGACGCUGGCCGAGCGCGAGGCCUGGGCGUACGCAGAGAAGGCCGGGCUAGACGUGGUGACCGUGUGCCCGCCGCUGGUGUUCGGGCCUCUGCUGCAGCCCACGGUGAACACCAGCAGCUUGUUCCUCAUCAGAUACCUGAAAUGCGACGGCGUGGACGCCAUGGACGACCGGGUGAGGAACAUGGUGGACGUCAGGGACGUCGCCGACGCCCUUGUGCUGGCGUACGAGAGCCCGGAGGCGGCCGGCCGGUACAUCUGCAGCGCGCACGCCAGGAAGGUGUCCGAAAUGGUUUCCGUCAUCAGGAGCCUGCAUCCGAACCUCAACUGCGCAAAAAAGUUCGUUCAGCUGGUGGGAGAUGAGAAGGUGUUCAGCACAGAGAAGCUGCAAAGGCUGGGGUGGAAGUUCAGGACGUUGGAGGAGACGAUGAAGGACAGCGUCGAGUCCUACAUGUCUGCAGGCAUACUCAGCUGAGCAUGGCCCAAGGUUGCGCGCGGAGCGUAGCCAGGUGGGCAUUUUGUAUCCUAAAGAGCACUGCGGAUGUGGCGCUAGUUUCAGUUCAAGGAUCGCACGGUAGCUAAUGCGAAUGCGAUGAUCAAACGGUGGUGUGAAAUUGUAUUGAUCAAACUAGUGUCACAAAUACCGCAAUUGCUAUAUGUAAGUUGACUAAAUUUGCGAUUU